AUGUCUGAAUACGACGACGAAGGAAGCCACCAAGAGGAUACGGAAAACGACAGAUAUCAAACCCAAAACCCUCUCAAUAACGGCGACUCUUUCGGAGAAGAAGAAGACGGUUCUCCCCGGCACGAAGUUAUCCGUCAACCGGACCGCUCUGAAAACAGUGAGGCUUGGGGCGCCAAAGACCCUUCUAACAACCCACACGGAGGCAACGAGAUUAACCGCAGAAGCCAGUUUGUAUCCACCGAGAGAGGAAUUUCUUCAAACGGAAGAAUGAAUUACCCUGGUAGAGGGGAUGGGCCUAGUCAUGGCAACACACGCAGCGAUGGAAAUUCCGAAGACGAGAAGGUAUCUAAGUUAGACUGGUUUAUCGAUUUCGUCAAAGCGUACAUUCCGUAUGUGAUAUAUGGCCUUGGAGUUAUCGUCAUCAUCCUUUACGGAAUAAUCUUAGCCGGAAGUUCGACCAACACGCCUGGGAUGUCAAAUCUGUACCUCGUCCGUGUUCAUAACAAACAAGAGUCUGUUGUGCGGAAAAUUGUCAACAUCACGGAGGCUACAUACCUCGCGAGUGACGUUUCCGUCGGAAUUGGCUACUUUGGAAUGUGUACUUCGAGCCCUUCUGUUGAUAGGAAUUGCAUGGGCACGCACGGCAAAGACGGAACGGAUCUGUCUAAAUUGUUUCUUCACUACAAGGAUCUGAGCACCGUCACGCUCUAUGACCUGACCGCACAUAUCCAAAGGAACGUGUUCACCAACGUUGUGCUUGCCUCCUAUGUCUUCUUCUGUCUAGCCUUUUGUGGCCUCAUAUACAUCCAAAUACUUCGAACUCGGAGACGUGAAUACAAGACUCACAAAUUCAACAAGAAAGUCUUUUUGGCAGUCAUGUGGACUGGUGUCGCGUUGGCAAUUUCCACUGCAGCAGGAAGUCAACAAGCUGCUGAUGCCUUGCAGUGGGUUGGCGAUAAUGGGCAGGGGAUAUUGGAAAUCCAGACAGGUGUGACGCUUCUCGGUUUGCAGUGGGUCAUUUUCACUUUCUCGCUCUGCUUUGCAGUUGGUAGUCGAUGGAUCUAUAAUGGCCAUGCCCAAAAAUGGAGGAAAGAGACCCAGAGGAAGAAGAAGGACGAAGCCUUGAAGAAGAGCCAAAGUGGGAGCCAAAAUAAUUAG